UAUGACGAUCUCAAGUAACAGUCAUAAAAGAAAUGAUAUAAAAAGGACGCUCGUACUUACGCAAUUUAGUCUUGGAAGAUCUUCGAAGGCAACACUAUGAAAAGCGUCGUGAUAGCUUUGUUGUUGGUCGCCAUCUUGCUGUUCGUUGCAGCUGAAGCGAAAAAGCGAGGAGGUAAAGGAAAACCCGGAGGUCGGAGACCAUGGCAAAAGAAUGUCAAGGAAUGCCCAAGAAAUUGUUCAGACUGUGAAGAAGGGAUUUGCCGAGAGUGUGAUGACGAUUUUGCGCUGAAAACGUUCAGCUCUCGUCGUUUUAAUAAAACCGUCUGCUUGCCUUGUGGACGGCGACUAAAGAUGAAGUAUCCUGCCCUUUUUCUUCAACAAUGCGUCACUGAGUGUUCCAAAAACUGUUCGUCCUGCGGCGACAACGGAAGCUGUGAAAAAUGCGAUGAUGGUUUCUUCAAAGUUCAAACUCGACUUCUACAAAGAACGAUAUGUGUUCCUUGCAGUGGGAAAAUGAAAAAGAAGUGGCCGGAAGUUUACAAGACAGAGUGCAGACUAGAUGCUUGUGGUCGAAACUGUACCAACUGUUCUAUGGAUGGCGUCUGCACCGAGUGUGAAGGAGAUCUGAAGCUUUUUGCACCAUCCGGCAGUCACUUCACCAAGUGUAUAAAAAAAUGUCCCCUAUUUCAUAAGCUCGAGAAGGGGUCGUCACCAGCAAGAUGCGAGGUCAAGCAAGGAAAAAAACCCGCGAAAACCGAAUGUCAAAAAAUGUGCGCUGAAUGCACCGAAACAGGCGUUUGUAUAAAAUGCAAGGAGGGCCUAGUUCUAGUAAAACUGGGGAACCUCUCAGCCUGCAAGAACAGAUGCCCAUUUCCGUUAAAAAACGCCAAAAUCUGUGAGAAGCGCAGUAGAAAAUUGCGAAAAGGAGGAAAGAUGAAUGUGUCCGCUGAUCUGCCCUAAAUGAAGAAGUUUUGGAAAGGGCUGUAACUGAAGAUAGCACUUAAUAUAGGAAAUCGUUUUUGGUGUAUUUCGUCUCGUAUUUCAGUGUUUCUUUAUUAUUAUUAAUAUUAUUAUUAUUAUUAUCAUCAUCAUAAUCAUCAUCAUCAUCAUCAUCUCUCAUCUUUUUUUAUUUUCUUUUAGUCAUUGAUUCAGCCGGUUUAGAAAUCAAUUUUUCGUUAGAGUUGUGCUGAUAUUUUGUGCCUGGUAAUACAAGUGCCUAAAUGCAGAAAUAAGGAAAUCAGUUAAUGCUAAAUCGAUUCCGUGACUGCAAUUGCAGUAUAGUUAAUUUAGAACAAGAGAGAAAAGAGAGAAGGACCGAUGACUGUCUAUUGUACUCUAAAGAAAACAAAAACGAAUAAUGGGGUCUUUGGCAUAUAUUCUAGUAAUACCAUUAAGGUUAAACGGGCUCAGUCACGGUAUUUUGAGUUAUUUUGGCCAUGUACAAAAUUACCUUUCAAUGGUAGGAAACCUGAAAAUAACAGUUUAACAAGAUAGAAAAACACCAAAGAGAUAAUGAUAAACCAUAAAGGAACAAUGAUGGCCAAGGAUGGAGAAGAUUAAAAAAUUGAGGCUAAACUUUUCAAUAUGCGCAAACCGUGACUGACCCCCUUUAAGCCUCCAGCAGGCUUUUCAAAAAGCAAAUUACAAGGGAUAUGUACUUUCUUGUUACUUCUAAAUUUCAAUCAUUUAUAGCGCUCUGUCAGCCAGAUGAGCAAAACUUAUAUAUGAAAAAAUAAACAUUAAAAUAAAAAAAAAUGGGUGACCUGUCUUACGCAUAUGUUGACUUGUGUUUGUUUAAUGGUAUGUGGAUGUGUAAAUCUUUUCAAUAAAUAUUCUUAGACCUGAA